AUGAUGAAAGUAAGGGCACGACGGCUUUGGACGAAGGAGGAGGAUGCUCUCCUACGGAAAGCCGUCAAUGAAAGCAUGGCUAGAGGUGGUGAUAUCAACUGGCAUCGCAUAGCCUCAAACAUCCCAGAUCGAAAUAACAAGGACUGCCGGAAACGAUGGGUCUAUAUUCUAGCGCCUUCCUUGAACAAAGGAGCGUGGAAUAAAACGGAAGAUGAAAAGUUAUUGCAAGGCAUCCAGAAACACGGUUUCCGCUGGGCUCUCGUUUCACAAGUUGUCGGAUCUAGGCAGCCCGAUCAAAUAAAUAAUGACAGAUGGUCACUCCUGGAAGACGAGAUAUUGAGGGAGGCCGUAGAGAUCUAUGGUAGGAGAUGGACCGAGAUUGUGGAUAGAUAUUUCCCCAACAGGACGCCGAUUGCAGCAAAAAAUAGGUUCGUUGUACUCAGUCACAUAAAUUUCGUUGCCCGUUCAAAUGACGUUUCUUUCCCUAACAUGGUUCCGGUUGUUAGAUAUACGCAACGCUUUGGUAGCAAUAAAACCGAUGGGACAGUACCGAAGCCUUCCGGAAGUGCCACCAAAAAGAAAAGCCCGAUGGUGAAGCCGACCACCAGUCCAGUGACACGCGUUGAAGAGACUCGAGCUCCUUGUCAAACGAUAAUGCCUAAACUCCUCUGGCAUGUCCCAGAUCAUACCCAGAGUCAGCAAGCCCGGCUCCCAGCUCCCCCAAAAGUAACGGUCCCUGAGGUAUGGCCUACCAACGAUACCCAAUCGCCUUUGACAGCAGUCCCCUCUUAUCAACAGGUCCCGAGCCUCACAAGCUCACCGAGUCCUGUGCCUAUUCCGCACACUCCUUUGAUUGACCCAAUCCGCCCUUGCGAGCCAACAAGUAUGUCUCCUUAUUCAUAUUACACCGUCACAUCACCGCAGGCAGAGAUGUGUACGCCAUCAUUUGUGGAUCCACCACUCAAUGGCAACUUUGGCUACGAGCCGUGGGUUUCAAACGAUAUGAUAUCUCUCCUCCAUAAUGGGGUAGUGGGAUAUCCAGAUAUGGGAUACAGCACCAACGUUCCGACGAUGGAGCGACGAUAUGACCAGAUUAGAUUUUCGGAUCACACGACUUUAUUGACUUUGUAG